UGUUUACUUCUGUCUGAAAAGCAGUCUUCUAUGCUCAUCUAAAGCUGUAGCAAAUAGUUAAACACAGGUGCAACGGUGCUUUGAAUAAGGUGCUUUCCACUGGCUAUGUGGCAAUUCUAGGGCUACCACAGUUCACAAGCGUUGCCUGGCGCGGUUGAAGAAGCUUUUGCGAAUUUGUAAAGCGCCUGCGGAAGUUUCACAAUGGUAUUGACCGUGUUUCUGCUCACGUGGAUCAGCGCUGCUCUGUUGUGGCUCGUUCGGAAGCUUUGGUUGGGAAAUCGCUCACUGCCUCAUGGCGCGGAACUCCCACCUAUGCCACCGGCAAAGUCCAUACUGGGUCACGUGGAGUUAAACGACCAAGACUUCCAUCGCACGAAAGCUCUUGAGUGGGCCAGAUCGUAUGGACCAAUCUACAGGUUAAGACUAAAUUUUACGAGCGUGAUUGUGCUCAACGAUGUGCGAAGCAUCAGGAUGAUUCUGAACAGAACCCAGGUGCUUAAUCGGGCACAUGGCGUUGUGCAAGGCAUUGACCAGUACGUGGGGUUUGGGCUGUUAAACGGUCAUCUUUGGAAAACAAACAAAAAGUUCGUCAUGUCUACUCUGCACGAUAUCGUAUUCGCAACCAGGCCAGAGGAAAAAUUGAAGGUCCCGUUGCAGUGGUUGAUGAAACAAUUAGAGGAAACCAAUGGCCAGCCAACAUCAGUUCGCCAGUACAUCAUGCCCUGUGUGGUCGCCAGCGUUUCCUCAUUGUUUUUCCCGUCGACACUGUACAGCACAGGCGGCACCCUACAGCAUAUGACGCAAGUUCUGGGCAAGAUGGCCGUUCCCUUAUUCAGUGGCCAACAGUUCGAGACGACACCAGCCCUGCUCCGGAGCGUAUUGCAGCGCUUGCCGUUCACUAGAACUGGCAAAAUGUGUGCUCUUGUGAACGAGUAUACAGACUUUAUUAGAAAACAAAUCGAGGACUACAAAUCUACGUGGGACCAGGAGCCAGUCAAGGACUUUAUUAAGUGCUACACUGAAAGGAUAGAAAGGGCACAACUGGACGGUGAUCAAGCGUUCCAGUAUAGAUUUCUCGUGGGAAACGUGAAGGAACUUAUCAUGGGCGGCACAUUCAGUAGUGCUUCUUCGAUUCACUGGCACCUGCUGAACUUCGCUGCGCGGCCAAACACUGUACAGGCUCGUGUUCAACAGGAGAUUGACGAAGUAGUUGGCACUGAGAGGGCGCCCACAUGGGAAGACCGCCAACGGAUGCCAUACACACUAGCGUGCAUCUGGGAGCUCAUCCGCUGGAAGACGCCAUCGCCACUGGGAGUGGCGAGAGUAACAAGCGACGAUCUCGUGGAGGAAGGUGUGUUCAUUCCGAAGGAUACCAUGAUAGUCUUCAAUAUGUGGGCCGUUCACAACGAUACCUCCUAUUGGAAGGAUCCACACUGCUUCAAUCCCUGCAGAUUUCUGAACAAGGACGGUUCUACCGUGUCCCAGAAACCACCGCACUGGAUGCCAUUUUCUGUCGGACGGAGAUCAUGCCCUGGAGAAGCAUUCGCCACACUUGAAAUUUUUCUGCUUCUUACGCUCUUGCUGCAAAAGUUUCGCGUGGUUCUCGAAACGCCACUGCAGUAUGAUUUGGAUGAUCCCUCUAUUGGUAUGCGGGACGUUGUGAACUUGAAGCUCCGGUUUAUUCCGCGUCGCCCUUAGAAAACUUGAUGCUUUCGAUGACAGCCUUUUCGAACACUCUUGAAUAAAGCUAGAGGACAGGGAAUGUGAGACUGCGGGGACGCAUAAUAUCACCACAUUUAUUUUCGCCGUCACGUCAAUUUGCGAUUUUCCGAAAAUCAGCCUAGGUGGAGGAACGCAUAGCAUACAUUGUAGCUGGACUAUUGUCACCGGUUCCUUUAGUAUAUUAUUCAGCCUGUUUCAUUGAGCACACCGUACUCGCAUAUUUUAUUGUUCGUAGUAGGCGGUCGUGGAAUGCAUAUUUCGUAUCAUUAUUGUGCCCCUGCACUUAUAAUAUUCCUAAUAAAACGGUGCCUGCUUCCACAAUGCGUAUAGAAAGCGUGUGAGGUGGGGAAAAUUUAUCUUCUUUUGUUGUUUUCUUCUUUAUCUUCUUUUGUUGUUUUCUGGUGAUGGAGAUUUGUGAAAAUGCGGAAUUAUCUAGCUGACGUGAGAGAACAGGUGUUUCCACUCAUAUUUUUGUGGGAUGAGUAAGUACGUACCAUCUCCGAACGUUAUCGUCACCGAUAACGCAAGGCGAUGCUUCUGAAAAAGUGAUCAUUUUAAUGCGAAUAAAACUGUUAGCACACUUCGCCCAUUUUUUUGGCAUAUCCAUGUUUGUCAGUUAUUGUUUUCCCCGGUCUUGAAUAAAAGAAAUAUUUCAAAAUAUUUGAGGGGCUGUGCGGAUUCACAGUCCCGUCACACAAGGU